AUGUGUUUCGGACACCCUCCUAGAAAGUCCUCUUCGACCUCCAACAACAACAACAACAACGCACGACGCCGGCACGCCGUCUCUUCUCCGGUCUCACGAGCGCAUGACCCGCACAACCCGAUGACGCCGUCCGGCACCGUCGGCCAAACCUGGGACAAACCCCCCGCCACACCGGAGCCGAGCAUGAGCGACUCCCAAACCCCGGCGGAGCCUCCACCACCCUUCACCGCCUGCGCCGAGGAACCCGAUCCCCCACCGCCACCCGUCAUAAGUCACGACACGAGCCCGACCUCAAACGCCCAUACCAACCUCGCGGACUCGGGCUACACCUUCUGCAGACAGAACCCGCUCGUGCCUCCGCAGCAACUGACCACUGUCUCGCUCCGUGAAAUCUCCCGGGGCGCCCUGACCCUCAUCAUACCCCCCUACAACACCUACAGGAACCACCUGGAGGUGAGCCAGAACCCCAAAACCUCUCUACCCAUCGUAUCCAGCACCCCAAACUGCCCGGAUACCACCCUUCUCUCCUCCCGCCCGCUGUACGCCGCGGGCUACCACCACCCGGCAAACACUCACCUCCCCAAACGCAUAUACUUUGAGAUCCGCAUACUCAGCCUCCCGCCGCGGGUCCAGGAUGCGGCCGUGGCGAUCGGCUUCGCCGUCAAGCCGUACCCGCACUUCCGCCUGCCGGGCUGGCACAGGGGGAGCAUAGGCGUGCAUGGGGAUGACGGACGGAGGUAUUGCGACGACUCGUAUGGCGGGAACGAUUUCGUCGAGGGGGGGUGGGCGGUCGGGGAGAGGGUGGGCAUCGGUAUGAGUUUUGGCACCGGGCCCGUGGGCACGAGAGGGGGAGAAGUUUGGUUUACCAGGAAUGAGGAGAGGGCUGGUGGCUGGUGGCUUGAUGAGGAGGUUGAUUCCGCCAGGGAUCGGGAUCCCACAUUCGGAUUGGAUGGGGGGUGGGAUGUCUAUGCUGCCUUGGGUAUCUGGGGUGGGGGGGUUCAGGUGGAGGUUUUGAAGUUUGAGAGUGCUUGAACGUGCAGUACUACUGGCACAGCGGUUUGCUGGGAUUGGGGCUUUUUCCAUGUAUUUAUGCUAUGAACGCUAUAUGGUAUUGAGGAGUUUGGUUAGAUGCCUUAUGUCAAGAUAUGAUAAUACCGUAGCUCGAUUGAAUGCUAUGCAUGACAUGACAUUUGCGAUUUAGCCACACAAAAAAAAAAGAAAAGAAAAGUGAGCCGAGAGCCAAGAAAAUGCCAAACGAAAACAAAAACUAAAAAAAUACAGUAACUCCCCCCACAGAAAUACGCCUAAAAAGGCCAAACUCAAUUGAUCCCACAUCUACUGCUGAUUCUGCUGUCUCUGCACAAGAGUCUGCACCAGUCUAACAGGGGUAAUGAUAAAGUCCAACUCGAGAUCGAUGCUCUCGUUGACCGUAUCCUUCUGGAUGAGGCCGCUCUUCGCCCGUAUUGCGUGAUCCAUGACCGUAAUCGGACCGUAUAGCGUGAAUCCCGCAAACGCACCGAGCCCGCCACACAUCCAGAAACUCUCCGUCGCCAGCAGGGCCCGAGAUCCGAGGGGUAGGACUAUGGGCCC